CGCCCGGAGCGGCCCCGCGGGGCGGGAGCUGCCGGGGCCACCAUGGGCCGGGGGGGCCGUAGGGAGCCGCAGGGCAGGGGGACCCCCCCUUCCCCUCGCUGACGCUGGAGGAGAAGGGAGGGAAAGACGGAAAAAGGAGGAAAAUCCCAGCGAAACCCUCCCCAAAGCGGAGCCGCGGAGAAGGCGGCGGCGCCGGCUGGAAAAUGCAUCUUCCUCGGAGCUGCGUCCUCCUCCUCCUCCUCCAGGGCGGCAUCGCGCUGCUGGUGUGCUGCGCUCCAGCGGAUCCAGGUGAGCCCAGGCUGCGGGAGCUGCUGUCCCCAAAGGCGCUCCCGAGCCCGAACCGGACCCAGCCGGGACAGAGCCGGGCCGGGCGGGACCUGGGGGCGGCCUCGGGCCGGCUGCAGAAGCUUUUCGGCUGGGGAGAUUUCUACUCCAACAUCAAGACGGUGAAGCUGAACCUGCUGAUCACGGGCAAGGUGGUGGAUCACGGCAACGGCACCGUCAGCGUUUUCUUCCAGCACAACUCCACGGGCCACGGCAACAUCUCGGUCAGCCUCGUGCCCCCCACCAAGGCCGUGCAGUUCGACCUGGAGCAGCAAAUCUUCAUCGAGGCCAAGGAGUCCAAGGUGCUCAACUGCCGCGUGGAGUCGGAGCAGGUGGCGCGGGCCAGGAAAACCUCGCUGUGCACCUUCGACCCGGCCAAGACGUGCUCGCAGGAGCACACGCAGAGCCGCGCGGCCUGGCUGUGCUCGCAGCCCUUCCGAGCCGUCUGCGUCUACAUCACCUUCUACAGCAGCGACUAUCGCCUGGUGCAGAAGGUGUGUCCCGACUUCCACACCCACAGCCGCCGGCCCUACUUCCCCUCGGGAUGAGCCCCGAGCAGCGAUUCCCGCAA